CGGAUGGAGUAUAUAUUACCUUGAAUUUGGACUAGAACAAACCCUUUCAAUACUAUUUAUCAAUAAUUUUAGGUUCCUUAUUUAGUAGGCAAAAGUAACGUUCUUGUCUUGCUACACUAAUUGGUUACUUAGUCUAUGUGUAUGUUGCAUUGCACAAACUUCACUAAUGGUCAAAGAAUAAAAUUUGUUUUUCUUCAUUUCUUCUUCUCUCUUUUCCUGAAUUUUUUUUUUAUUUUUUUACUGGAAAUCCAUUUUCAGAAAGAAUCUACAAUAGUUAGUCAUCAUGUCUGAAAAGUAUAUGAUACUUGUCCUUUUUUGUCCAAAGUAAAACCAUGUAAAUUUUAAACUGUUAAAAGUUUUUAGUAAUUAGAUUCAGUAAUGCAAGAGCAAAAAAUCCCAGAAAUGACUCAUGGAAAGAAUCUCUUUCAAGUUUCAGUCUUUAUAAGGAAUUACCCUUCAGUUAGUGCAAGAAAAAUCUUUUUAGAGUAAGCCCUCAAAGGAAUGAGUAUUUCUUGUAGAUUUUUGGUUAAACUAUGAAUUAGGAGUACAAUGUAAGAUGUUUUAAUGCUGAACACGUGCGGGUUUAGUAAAAGAGUGACAAUCAAUCACUGUACUGUGUAUUCUUUUCUUCUUCUCAUUUGCACAGAACCCAAAGUGAAAGAAAUUUGUAAUGAUGGCAGAAGAAGAAUAAGGAUCAUUACACUAACCAAGAAAAGCAAAAACAAAAAGAAGGAUUGAAGUGAAGUGAUGUGAAGGGGAUCCCCACUGUUCUUCAAAAUCCUGUCCCUUUUUUUUUUCUUCCUUUGUUUUCCCUUUUCAACUCUUUUUUAACUUCCAAUUCUUCAUGAUUUUUAUUUCCUCUGUUUCUUUACUGUCUUUUUAAUAUGGCACUACUGUAAACUCGUAAUGCAACUAAGCAACAGUAUUCAGGGGUGGUGUUAUUACCUCCACUGACUAUAACUGUGUGUUUAUGCUUCUUCACAUAUUCUGUUUUGUUAAGGUUCCCUUGUAAGGAAACCGAAGGGUUGUUUUCUCUGUUUCACUUGUCUCCCUUCCCUUCUUCCCCUGCAUUGUCUUUUUGUUUCUUUCUUUUUAUCCUCUACCCAUUUCAAUGAGCAUCUUCUUCAACUGUACAUGAAAUUCUGGUCAGAAGAAAAAAAAAUGGGUGAUGAUCAGUUACCAGUGUGGCCUUCUGAUAGAGCAGUUGAACAGGCAAUAGUAUCAUUGAAGAAGGGUGCACAGCUCCUGAAGUAUGGCAGAAGAGGAAAGCCCAAAUUCUGCCCAUUCAGGCUCUCCAUGUUCCUGAAGGGUGGUUUUCAUUUCAGGAUGAGAAAUCUUUGAUUUGGUUCUCUGGUCAGAUGGAAAAGCAAAUGAAACUAAGUUCGGCAACAAGCAUAACUCGUGGCCAAAAUCUUAAACAAAUGCAACCAGAAAAAGAAAGUCAAAGUCUUUCAGUUAUCUAUGCAAAUGGCGAGCGCUCUCUCAAUCUGAUUUGCAAGGACAAAGAGCAGGCUGAUUCCUGGUAUUUAGGCUUGAAAGCUAUAAUAUCAAGGAAUCACACUCAGAGAUUGUUUUGCUCAUUGAAGAAUCAAAGAGGGAGUCAAAGUUGUGUAAGCAGCCCAGCAAGUUUUAUGAGGAUGAAGCAGAUUAUAGGACUCUCAGACGGAACAACCAAGUCAUCUCAGGUUCACAGUGUAAAUGGAAGUCCCAUGCAAUCUUUGUCAGAGAGGUGUUCAGAUGACUUAUCCUGUUCUUCUGGUAGCUUUUACUCUAAUUCAAGUGUGUCAAGUAGGCAAAGUGUGGUGGAUAUGUUGACCAGUUCACCAUAUCAAAAGCAAGGGGAAGCUAAUUGUGGCAAGGUAGAAAACCAGACACACAAUCUUAGUCAGUAUGGGAAACCUCCUCAUGGUACUGCUCAAAUUAAGAUGGAAACAUUGAGAGAUCUUCUGAUUUGGGGAGAAGGAGUAGAUGGAGGAUGUUUUGCUGGUGGGGAUGUGCAAUGCGAUGCAUUAAUACCCAAAGUGAUGGAUUCUACUAUGAUGCUUGAUGUACAAUCAUUGUCUUUGGGCACGAAACAUGCUGCUCUAGUUACCAAGCAAGGCGAAGUCUUCUGUUGGGGUGAAGGUAAGAAGGGGAGGCUGGGGCACAAAAUCGAUGCAGACACUCCCAUUCCAAAAAUAGUUGGCUCCCUUUCUGGGUUGUUUGCAAAAUCUGUUUCAUGUGGUGAAUAUCACACCACUACUCUGACAGAUUCCGGUGAGUUAUACACCUGGGGUGACAAUGGAUGUAAUGCUGAUUCAUUGGGUGGGGAAAGCAAGCUAUGCCAUUGGCUCCCUCAUAGACUAUCUGGGGUUCUUGAUGGUGUUUCCAUAGUCAAUGUUGCUUGUGGGCAGUGGCAUACAGCAGCAGUUUCUGCAACUGGGCAGUUAUUUACAUUUGGAGAUGGUACUUUUGGAGUACUUGGCCAUGGAAAUGUCUUGAGUGUUUCUCAACCUAAAGAAGUUGAAUCUCUUUCUGGGUUUUGGGUAAAGUCUGUCGCCUGUGGUCCGUGGCAUACAGCUGCGAUAGUGGAAGUGAAGACCGAUAGUUCGAGAAUAAUGCGAAAAGGAGGAAAAUUAUUCACAUGGGGAGAUGGAGAUAAAGGAAAGCUUGGCCACUCUGAUCAAGAAAGGAAGCUUUUACCAACAUGCGUAACAGAGCUUGUUGAUCAUGAUUUUGUUCAAGUUGCCUGUGGAGAUAUGUUAACAGUAGGAUUAACGAAUAUGGGUAAGGUCUAUGCAAUGGGGAGUGCAGUUCACGGACAACUGGGAAAUCCUCAUGCUCGGGAUAAAUCAAUCACGAUUGUUCAAGGGAAAAUAAGAGACGAGUAUGUUAAAAGUAUAUCCGCAGGAUCUUUCCACAUUGCUGCAUUGACAUCGAGGGGCAAUGUUUUUACAUGGGGAAAAGGUGCAAAUGGACAGUUGGGAUUGGGUGAUACAAGGGACAGAAACCAUCCAACAUUGGUUGAGGCCUUAAGGGACAGGCAGGUAGAGCAUAUUACUUGUGGAUCAAAUAGUACAGGUGCUAUUUGUUUGCACAAAUCUCUGGAUACUACUGACCAAGCAUUUUGCAGAGGAUGUGGCACAGCUUUUGGUUUCACCAGAAAGAAGCAGAACUGCUACAAUUGUGGUCUUCUUUUCUGCCGUGGUUGCUGUAGCAAGAAAGCUACUAAUGCAUCUUUAGCACCAACCAAGGCGAAACCUUUUCGAGUAUGUGAUCCAUGUUUCAAAAAGCUUUUAAGAGUAGCUGAUUCUGGAGGGCUACAAAAACUUGAAGCACAAAGCCCAAGACCCUUGUCACUACCACAGAAGGUGAUGCCUGAUGACAAGGAAUAUAGUGGUGAGGCAAGUGGUGCUUGGAGUCGAAGAAAAUUGACAAAAACCUCUUUGGAUGACAAAGACAAGCAGCCACCAUUAGACUUGACUGCACCUAUCCUGGGUGGAUUACAGAGAUGGGAACAGGUUCCCUGCUCUGAAUCAUUUAAAAUACAAAGCCGAGACCAGACGAUCCCCAGUUUAUCUUCGAAGUUACCAUCUCUGAAGACUCAGUUAUCAUCUACUGUUGCAGUUUACCAAGACCUUCGUCCUGUUAUACAAACUCCAACUGUGGCUGUCGUUAAAGAAGGGAGAAAUUUGUCACAAUUUGAUAAACUCCUUGCUGCAGAAGUUGACAGGCUAAAAAUCGAAGUUGAGAGCCUUAAAAAGCUAUGCCAAACAAGAAAGGAGAAAAUUGAAGAAUGUCAACAAAAAGUUGUGGAAGCAUGGUCAAUUGCAAAGGAGGAAGCCGAGAAGAGUAAAGCAGCGAAGGAAGUUAUAAAAGCGCUUACUUCAAGGCUUUAUACAAUGUCGGAGAAACUUACCACUGAAAGAAACUCUGAGCAUCAAGAUGGUGCAAAUUUACAACAAAUUACAUGCGAUCGCGAUAGUACCUUGAACCGAAGGUGCGGCAGUGCGGUUCAUGAACCAUGUGAAUCUAUAGAAGACAGAACUGGUGACAGUAUAUGUAGUUCGCCUAUUGUUUUUUCCAGUACUGUAAAGCAUCUCCGGGAUCAAGAUCAUCAAGGAGAUGUCGCAGUCGCAGAGCAACCAAAUACCCGAAAAACAGGUCAAGUAAUUCAAGGAACGAAUUCCUUAAUGCAUGAGUGGGUAGAAAAGUAUCAACAGGGCGUCUACAUCACUCUGGCAACUUUACCAAAUGGACAGAUUAGCCUUCGGCGAAUUAAGUUCAGCCGGAAAAAGUUUACUGAGAGAGAGGCCGAAAGAUGGUGGGAUGAAAAUCAACAACUAGUGCAUCAGAAGUAUAAAAUCGAGGAAUUCACAAAUCCAAUAUGUGAUGGAACUGUCAAGUUUCCUUCUGCUUCUUAGUAUAAACUUUUUUUUUUUUCCUAAUCUAAUGAUGCCUCCUUAGUAUAUAGUUAACUUAAUGCAUUUAUCCCUGUGUUGAUUCCAAAUGUGGCUUGAAUGGUUUUGCUGUAAGGCAGACCAACAACAUACUUUUAAGCCCAGCUGCAAAGUUUUUGCACCAUAAUUUUGCUUUUUAUGUAGUUCACAAACUUCUUUACACUUAAGACUAACACUUAUAUGGAACAUAGCUUUUACUUUUUGUGUUGAAAU